AUGGAUGCCUUACGAGUUAGACGCAUGAACUCAACUGCGGCAAAGAACGUCGUGCGUUUUAUUCUAGAAACCUUACUCUGCAUUUACCAGAAUCCACAAGUCUUUGGUCACCAUUCUUUGUGUGUUCUGGUGUACGCAGCAAUCCAUGGGCUUAUUUAUCUCCUUCAAAGAGGAAGUAUCUUACAGAGGAAUGUCGAGGAAAGUACAGCAUCUUCGUCGUCAGACUCUCUCGUUGGUUGCCCUAAAAACUCUUCUACGUCGAAGGUUUGCGAAAGUGACGGUGAAGCGCUAAAGUCUUCCAUAGAAAAGGAUGAUUCGACGUGGGAAAAUGACUUAGGGAAGCCCGCCGAACGCAGCUCACCUGUUUUAAAUCCGGAUCAUUUCGAUGCUCGGAACAGAUUGUCUAUGCUUCGAAUGAAGGAUAUUAUUUCAAUCCUAGGAGACUGUAGAGCUAAAAGUGUGGACAUUGCUGCUUCAGGGAAGAAUGAUUUGGAUGGCUUUUUCAAGGGAUUGGACGUCUCGUCAUUCCGGGGCGCUGGUGAACGAAGGAUUUCUACGAAGAGAGGAAUUCGAGUGGAUUUGGCGGACAAAGACAUAAACUUACAUGUGUCACUUACUGGAAAAGCAACUAAAAUCCCUGAAGAACAUGACUGGGUUGGUAUAGAGGAAGAGACUCUAACUGUUACAGUGAAAACAACUCUAUGUGAUCAUGGCACACUGACAAGAGAACCAUCAGAUACAGGUUCCACUCAGAAAGGAAGUGGUGAUCCAAAUAAGACAUGCCAGACACUUCCAGAUGGAGGAGGACCCUCCUCACAGGUUGCAAAGGUUCAGAAUGGAAGCAUCAGCUACUCCCGCUGCAGCAGUGGUAGUGGAGGAGAUGAUGGAGAUGGUGAUGAUAACAGGAAGCAGACUGGUCGCAUUGGUGGCUGUCAAGGUAGUGGUGGGAAUGAUGUAGACAAUGAGGACGAAAGUAAGCAGGCAUCCAAACAACAGGGUCCUGAAGAUGAUGUUGCUAAUGAUGAUGAUGAUUGUCGCAGCAAUGAAGAGAAUCACAGUGAAUCUCAAAGAAGUGAUGAAAGUCAGAGAGAUGGUGCACAGUCUUCAAGUAGCUACAGCACAGUGGCUGAUGGAAGUGGUGAAUUUCCCUCCCAGAAAAAUGAAAACAGUUCAUGUUCCGACAAUGCCAAGAAAGCUGCUCAACAGGUUAAUUAA